AAAUAAAAAAUUAAUAUUAAAAUAUAUUACUAAAUUAUAGUAAUUAUUAUAAUAAAUAAAUGGAACAGUCAGAAGAAAAUAAUUUAAAUGAUAUAAGUAAUGAAGAAAUACGUCAAUUAAUAGAAAAUAGAGGUUUAAAAGUAAGUUAAUAUGAAGAUUUAAUGUAAGAAAAGUAAGAAAAAAGAAAAGAAUUAAAGGAAAAUAAAAAAAAACUAAAAGAAAGUGAAACCAGGUAAUGGUUAAUAAAACAUUAAAAAAGAGAAUUUAUUGAUUUCGAUGAUAAAGAGCGUUCAAAAUUAAAGCAAUAUUUUAAAUCAUUAGAUGGUGAUGGAUCUGGAAGUAUCGGAUUAAAAGAAUUAGAAGAUCCUUUAAUAUCAUUAGGAUUAGCAGAAUCAAAAGAUGAUGUAAAAAAAAUUAUUGAUUAGGUUGAUAAAGAUCAUUCAAAUGAAAUUGAAUUUUAAGAAUUUUUAGAUAUUAUUAAAUAAAAAGAAAAAGGGAAUUCUCAAAAAAGCACUGCAAUUAUAAACUUUUUUAAAAAAAUGAUUGACGGAUCUUUAGGUGAUGAUAAUAUAAAUACUAAAAACUUACCUUUUUAACUUAUUAUUUCUACAAUUAGAA